AUGCUCCCAGCUAGCGUUGGAGGAUCAAUCAGCUUGGAAACAGACAACCGUGGCGAGCGCACCGAGCGGGCUGCACGGAGAAGCUUCCGAGGUCGCCUAGCGUUCCUAGGUCCCAAACUUGGGGCUUGGGGACCCACGCAGAGCUGUUCGGCUGCUCCAAACUGUGCGAUAUCUGAAGCACAGCCACGGAAAGGAGCUGGUCGCGGGACGGCUUACCGGCAGGGGAACUCUCUGCGGAACGUGAGGUUCGUUUUGAACGCGAACCAGGAGACGGGCGCUGUUGGACCAGCGGAAGCCCCCCAUCGACGGCUGUCUAACUGGGGAGGCCUUGGCGGCGCAUACGACACAAAAGUCUACCCGGCCAAGAGUUUGUGCUCUCACUGCGGCUUGUGUGAUACCCGCUACAUCACCUAUGUGCGCGACAGCUGCGCGUUCCUGAACCAGCACAUUGCAGAGCUCGAGCAAAAGGUGCAUGGACGCAGUCGCGCUCUGGAUUCCGAAGAUGAGCUCUAUUUUGGUGUAUUCCAGAGCAUGCUGGUUGCACGCAAGAAGAAGCCUAUUGCUGGCGCCCAGUGGACAGGCAUUGUUUCAUCGCUUGCUAUUGCAAUGCUAGAAAGCGGUCUCGUUGAGGGUGUGGUGUGCGUCCAGAGCAGCAAGGACGAUCGUUUCAAGCCCGUGCCGGUAAUUGCACGCAAUCGAGCUGAAAUCUUAGCGGCUAGGGUGAACAAGCCGACGCUGUCACCAAACCUGUCCGUGCUGGACGCAGUAGAACGAAGCGGUAUCAAACGUCUGCUUUUCAUUGGCGUAGGCUGUCAGGUGGAAGCGCUCCGAUCCGUUCAAGAUCGAAUCGGACUCGAAAAACUUUACGUUUUAGGGACUCCAUGCGUGGAUAAUGUGACGCGAGCCGGGCUUCAAAAGUUUCUCGAUACGACCUCAUCGUCACCGGAGACUGUCGUCUACUAUGAGUUCAUGCAGGACUUUCGGGUCCAUUUUAAACACGAUGAUUCCGUGAUUGGAGGCCCUGGAAGAAAGUGGGACGAAAUCGUACCUUUUUUUGCGCUGAACACACAAGAGUUGAAGGAAGUUUUCGCUCCAUCAUGUCUAUCUUGUUUUGACUAUGUGAAUGGUUUAGCGGAUCUCGUGGUGGGUUACAUGGGGGCACCUUUCGGAUGGCAAUGGCUUGUUGCACGGAACGAAACCGGACUGGAGAUGCUAGAGCUCGCCCGACAGGUCUGCGGUCUGGAGGAGGGCCCCGUCGACGCAUGCGGCGAUCGACGCGCUGCUGUCCAGCAGUCGAUCACUGCCUACGAUCGAGCGCUUACCCUGCCUCGAUGGAUCGCUGAGUUUUUGGCCAUCAUCAUCGGUAAGAUUGGCCCAAAGGGUCUGGAGUAUGCUCGCUUCUCCAUCGACAGCCAUUUUACCAGAAAUUAUCUUUACGUGCGGCGCCGAUACCCGGAGAAGCUCGAUGCUCAUGUUCCCGAGUACGCGAAGCGUAUCGUGUCCCAGUACAAGUUGCCGGAUACAUGA